AUGUUUCAGAAGUAUGGCCCCGUCGUCCGGAUUAGUCCUGACGAGCUCGCCUUUGGUACUGCGCGGUCUAUUCAUGAUAUCUACGGCCAAAGACCAGGCGGCUGUUUUGAAAAGGACCCGUCCCAUUACUUCACGCCGCCGAAUGGCGCACACCAUAUCGUGAGCACACCCGACCAUAGUGUGCACGCUCGGCAAAGACGCCUUCUUGCGCCUGCAUUUACGGAAAGAGCGCUUCGAGACCAGGAAUGUCUUAUUCAGGGCUAUGUUGAUACCCUUAUCUGCAUGUUGCGGGAAAAGGUCGAUGUAGAGGGCGAAACCUCAUCGCAGCAACGCCCCGUCGAUCUCCGGGACUGGAUAAACUACACGACCUUUGAUAUCACGGGAGACCUGAUGUUUGGCGAGUCAUUUGAUUGUCUGAAGGAUACUCGGCUGCAUCCGUGGAUCGAUCUACUCGCCAACUCAAUCAAGGCUCUUUCUGUCGUCGGAAUUGCGGCGCAGUUCCCCUCCCUCAAGACAAUUCUGGAUGCAUUGACUCCGUCGAAGUACACAAAGCAGGCGGAAGAUCACUUCAAUCUGACUGCCGAGAAAGUGGAUCGUCGGUUGGAAGCUAACAUCUCGAGACCCGAUUUCAUUUCUGCUAUUCUAAAGAAUGGCCUGAGCGAGAAGAAGGGCCAGUACUGUGAUGGGGAGAAAAUCAUGAGUCGAGCGGAAAUUCACUCGAAUGCAUUCAUUCUCAUCAUCGCAGGCAGCGAGACCUCGGCUACAUGCGUGACCGGUUGCAUCUAUUAUCUAUGCAUGAAUCCACAGACUCUGGCCAGGCUCGUCAACGAGAUUCGCUCUUCCUUCGAGAAUGAGACAGAGAUGACAUUCCGGACCAUCGCCACACUGAAGUAUCUCUCUGCCGUCAUUGAAGAGGGACUACGUAUGUACCCACCUCUGGUAACGAGCCUAUGUCGCCUUGUUCCAAAGGGCGGGGCGCUUGUUGAUGGCCAUUAUGUGCCAGAAGGAACCAAGGUCGCAUUCCACCACUAUGCAUCGUACUGGUCAUCUUCGAAUUUUGCCUUACCCGACGAAUUCAUCCCAGACCGCUGGCUCGGAAGCGACGCCCGUUUCAACGGGGAUAGCAAAGAUGUUUUGCAGCCAUUCAGCUACGGACCACGCGCGUGCAUUGGCAAAAGCCUCGCUUAUGCACAAAUCAGACUCAUUCUCUGCAAGUUACUGUGGCACUUCGAUAUCAAACUGUGCCCCGAAAUCGAGCAGGGAAACUGGACCGAUCAGGGGGUUUGGUUUUUCUGGUCCAAGCCGCCUCUCAUGGCGACUUUGCACGAUCGCUUUGCUGAAGAGAGUCUCUCUUCUGAGUGA